CAUCCAAAUUCCAACCCCAGACAAUCUGAAAGCUCAUAACAUUCUCCCGCUCCCCCAAAUAUUUAAAAUCAACCCCUCCCCGCCCUCUCUCUCGUCCCAAAAUUCUGUCUCUCUUGCUUAACAUCUCUACUCAACACAUAUAUACAUCAUAAUACACUGUCGAUAUCUCAAGGAACGAAUCGCAAGACCAGAAAGCAGGGCUAAGAGGAAGUUCAAGACCGCAGAUCAGAAAGGAGGGGGACAUGAAUGGAGUUUGUGAUGAGCUGGAUGAAGUUAGAGCAGAGCUUGAAAAGCUCAAAGAGGAAUGUCGGUCUAAAACAAAGCUCAUUGAUAGUUUGAGAACUGCUCAUAAUGAACAGAAGAGCAAGCUUCAAGGAGCAAUGGCGCAGAUUGAGGAACUGGCUCAAGAACUUCGUGUCAAGACCGAGGAGAUACCUGAACUAAAGAAACUCUAUGAGGAACUCGAGUUGAAAGUCCAUGAGAAAGAAUCACUACUUCGGCACCUCAAUUCUGCAAAUGAGAAACUUCGAGCAGAUUAUGGUGCGAGAUUUCAGAAAUUAGAAGCAGAGAACAAAGAGUUGGCAGCAGCUUUAGAUGAAGCAACAGAAAGAAUCCAAGAUUUGGAACUGAAGGAUCGUUCUCGAAAUGAGGAAGUAGAAGGACUCAAGAGACUCAUAUCAAAUAAACAAAAAAAGUUUUUUGAAUCAGAUCAGAAUGCCAUUGAAGAUAAAGAAGGGAAACAGAAAGAAGUCGUGAUACUUCGAUUAGAGGACGAAAAUAGACAUGUUCAAGAACAGCUGAAGUGGAAGAAUGAGCAGUUUGCUCAUCUUGAAGACGCUCACAGAAAGCUUCAAGAACAAUUUAGAUCUUCUACGGUUGAUUGGAAGAGGGAGAGAUCAGCCCUCAUUGAAGAAAUCUCUUCAUUGCAAUCAAGUUUAGACUCUCAAACUAGAAUUUCAGAAACACUUCAGACCCGGUUGAAGAUGUGCAACCAAGCCUUAGCUCAUGAAGAAAGCAGAAGGAAAAUUUUGGAAGUGGAGGUGUCUGAACUGAAAUCACAUUUUGAAACUGCUUUCUCAAGUUCUCAUGAGACGAAAACAAAUUCUGAUCACUUGACUUUCAAAAGAGAUGAAGAAAUUUCAAACCUGAGAAAUUUAAUUGGAACAAAAGAUAUCAAUUCCAAAGAGAUGGAACACAGAAUUGCACAACUUGAGCAAGAGAAGCAAGGAUUGAAAGAUUCUUUAAAAGAGUCUGAAAUCAAUAAUGCUGAAUUGACCUUGUCGUUGAAAAAACUUGAAUACAAGAUUCAGGAUUUAGAGCAGUUGCAUGAGAACACUUUGAUUAACCUACAAAAGAAGGAAGAUGAUCAUAGUUAUCAGAUAGAAAAAUUGACAGAAGUUGUUGAAGGCUACAAAUCUAAAUUGAAGGGUAAAAAUAAAAAAUUACAGGAACUCCAGAAUGAUCUGGAUGGUUACUGUUGUCUGCUGGAGGCUCAAAGUGAAGAGAUUUCUACAGUGAUGAUGAUUAUGAAGUCAGAAUAUUCUGCAGCUUACUUAAAGCUCAUUAAUGAAACAUCUGAGAAGGAUGUCCGCAACAAAGAAAGUGAAGAAAAGGUUUUACUUUUAACAACGCAACUGGAGAUGAAGGAUAGUGCCUUUCACAGUCUUAAUCAAAAGCUGGAGAAGAAAAAUGAGGAAGCAACAUCACUUGUCGAGAGGGUUAAGUCUUAUGACUGCAUGGAGCAGCAGUACAUUUUUAUGGAGGAAGAACUUCAAAGGCAUAAGAAGAUGCUAGCUGAAUCAUCUGAAAACCAAAAUUGCUUGAAAAAACAAGUUCUGAACGUGGAAAGUACAUUGAAGAUGCACCAUCAUGAGAGUAAUAGUGCUUUGGAAAAAGCAAAUGCUGAGUUGGCUAGGAGAAUAUCUGAAGUUAGUAAUGUAGAAGCUGAGCUGCAGAAGUGGAGAUCACAUGCGGAAAAUCUAGAUUUAUGCCUCAGAGAAAGCCAGGAAACUUCUUGUGCAGAAAAUAUAUGUCUUAAAAGCGCUGUCAAAAAACAAGAUGAAGAAAUAUGCAGCCUGCAGCAACAAAUUGCAUCCCUAGAAUCAAGGCAUGCUGAAAAAAUAGAUGCAAUAUUGAAGGCUUUGGAGGCGGAGAAAGAACACUGCAUUCGAACUGCAGAGGAUGAUCGCAGCACCAUAGAAAAGCUUCAACUUGAGAUCUUGUCUUUGACACAAAAUUUUAGUGCAAGAGAAAUGGACAUUGUGCACGCACAAGAAGAUGCAGUAAAAGCCCUUGAGCAAGAGAAAAACAGCUUAUUACUCAUCAUUAGAGAUAAGAACCAGUUAGUAGCACAUUUGUCAGAACAGGCUAAACUAACAGAGCAACAUUUCACUAGUACCUUUGUCUGUUUAGUAGAUAAACAGAUUGAGGUUGAUUUUCUCAGUGAAUCUCUGGACAAGACAAGGAACUUGAAGAAAGCAGAGAUUGAGGAAAAGGAGAAGAUAGGCACAGCCUUGAGGAUGGAAAUCAAGAAUUUACAGGAGAAACUGGUUGAUCAAGAAGAAUACUUACUUCAGAUGGAACAAAAAACAGAGCAGCUUGAAGCUUUACUUCAAACAAACAACAGUGAAAUCAUAAAAUUGAACUAUCAAUCUUCAUUUGAGCAAAAGCAUCUUGAGAGCCUGGUCAAGGAAUUGGAGUUACAAAAAGGAGCUUUGCUGGAAGACAUCACAAAACUAUCCGCGCAUAGGGAUGAUCUGCUGACCCAACUUGAUCGAUUCCUUGAGCAAAUAGAUGUGUUUUCCGGUAAAGAUUUGGAGUUGGUGGCAAAAUUAGAAAACAUUUCACAUACUUUUGAGGAAGAGAAAAACAAGGAACUGGAAAGUUUAGCAGAUAGUGGGCUCAAUAACUCUCCCAGCAAGAUUGUAAAACAAUUACAUAUAUCAGAAGAUGGAACUGGAGGGACUAUUGAGCAAAGGUUUCCAUUAAGUGAGCUCAAUUUUUAGAUGCUAUGUUCAACAGAAAAAACAUGUACUUCAGAAAGAAGUUGAUUGUAAGCACCAUUUUUAUUGCUUUUUAGUUUGUACUGUGAUAGUGUGUACUGUGUAGUAGCUGUUUUACAUUGAUUUUUCUUGAUUAAUGUGAUCAGACUGAUUCAGUUUUUCCUAAAAAAGAAGUUUUAUCCA